CUCGGGGAUUUACCGCGGAUUGACCUCGGUUCGGAUUUAUUUUUCUUCUCCGCCAAGCGGGCGGGAAAACUCGUGUACAGAUUGUAGCCAAAAGGGGUUUCUCGUUGUUUUUUUUCGUCUCGUAACUGAAUCGGCUGGAUUUGUUGUCAUAGUGGCAACAUUGGCAGAAUCUGUGUCCUUCAGGGUGAUUGCCCAAUCGAGAUCGGGAAAAGUUUGGGCAAAAAAAAGAGGAGACAAACGAGAAAACGGAUUUUUCGCCACCGACGGUCGUCCAAGUUUUCGCUGGAUUUUGUGGAAAAGCUGUGUGUCUGAAAAAUGCUGUAGAAUGGCCCCCAGGUUUGCGCGUGCAGAAACGUGUUGAACAAAGUUUUUCUUACACGCGUUCAGGCAACGGUGGUGGUGAAGUGAAUAAAUCAAGCAAAAAUUUCCGUGCUUUUCGGGGUGCCAACUUGGGAGUGAGUGUCACUCUCGGCUGGUGAGAUUCAGACUUCCAGAUUUGUUGGGUGCACGUGCCCCGAAGGGAGCCAGAAGAGUGCAACUGGUGUGCAACUCUCCGACUGAGUGAGUGGGUGAUUAAAUUAUGAAUGGAGUAGUUUUUUGAGCGUCGUUGCAAGUGCAGGAAAAAUCUUUCGGCAUUUCAACUCGUCAAAAUCGCUGGUGAUGGUGAUCGUCGUCGUCGGUGGUGGGGUUCCAAAAAUAAAACUUUGAAUAAACGCGCGCGAUAUUGCUUUUCAGUUUAAAAAUCGGUUGCGUGUGUGUGUAUGUGAAUGUUGGUCAAACUUUGUUUCCAACGCUCUCCCGCUCUUGUUUGAACGAGUUUGAGUGUGAAGAAGGAAAAAAAAAGAUAUGCGGAAAAACAUCGGGAAAAGUGUAUGGAAAAGCAAAUAAGCGAGUGUAGUAGUUUCGUUAAUGUGUGUGGUUUAUUUUGAUUACAAAUAAGCGAGUUACUUGCUGACUUUUUAACAGACCGUUAAUCAGGUCAAUUUCCCGUCCAUCUUGCGUAACCCAAUCCACCCGCGGCCCAACAAUGUCAACGCGGCGCGCCGGACCACCCCAGGGGCUGCCGAUGUCGGCCCAACUUCCGCUGCCGUACGAGAACGAGAAGAAGCAGCGCAGCAAGUGCAUGUCCUUCGUGUGCUGCAUGUGGAAGGUGUUCACGUGCAUUUUCUCCCACGUGACGCUGGUGGCGAUGGUCGUUGCGUACUGCUUCCUGGGCGCCGUCACGUUCGAGCAUCUCGAGGCUGAAAAUGAGCGAAAUGUGAAGCGGGGCAUCAGCUCCAUCCGGGUGAACCUAACGGACGCAAUUUGGAAGAUGACUAAUGACAAGCCGGUGCUGCAUCAGCACAACUGGACCGAAGCCGCCGUCAUCCAUCUUCAGUCGUUCGAGAAGGAGAUUCUGAGUGCGAUGAAAAAGGACGGUUGGGAUGGCAUCGAGGACGUCGACCAGAUUCAGUGGACAUUUUUCGGAGCGCUGUUCUACUCAAUAAUUGUCAUCACGACUAUCGGCUAUGGACACAUCGCACCGAAAACGCACAUGGGCAAGAUAUCUACCAUUUUCUACGCAAUUCUUGGCAUCCCGUUGAUGCUGUUGUGUCUGUCCAACAUCGGUGAUAUUAUGGCAAGUUCAUUUAGGUUCCUGUACUGGCGCGUCUGUUGCUACGUUUGCACCCGGGAACCGAAACGGUCCAACUCGAAGCGAAGCCGGAGCGGUCGGGGUGGCACAAUCCGCCAGGGUCGGAGCUCGAUGAGGUCACAACCGGCCGGGACCAGCAUCCGGCGAUCCGUGCGGAACUCCCAGCGCUCGGCGGAUUCCGGCUUUGAUCCGUACUACGAUCCGGCUAUGGCACACGCGUACUCCGAUGCAGACUUCAGAUACAACGACGGCGAUUACUACCCAGAUGGCAUGCCCCGGCAGCAGUUGCAGCAGCAGAUGAAUGGGCCAGGUUCCCCGCGGUACUCGAGUGGCCACGGUGGCCUAGGCAGGGAUCGGUUCCGUGACAGAGUUACCAUUGACAGGGAGCGCGGAGGUGGUGGCCCACCCGGCGCUGGAGGUUAUCAAGAUCAGGGGGGCGACCGGUAUGGCGACGACGAAUACAUUUCCACACCGCAGCAGAUGAAGCGACAGAUGCGUGGCGAAUCGAUGGGACGGGAACUGGCAGGGCAAAUGGGGCCGCCACCGCGGGGUUCCCAAAACUCACGAAAUUCCGACGGUAAUUACCCGCCGGUGGCCUACAGAAACAAUAUGCAAAAGUCGCCAGCAAUGCGCGCUCAGUCCCUGGACCGUCGCAUGUUCCGCCGGGAUCCCCAGAUGGUGGACUUUGACGAGGAGGGCGGUCCCGGCGGCAAAACGCCAAUUCUGUGCAAUAAGUACGCCCUGGAGGACAUGGACGAGCAGCAGCGGGGCAGUCCACGUGGCCGGGGAGGACCGGGUGGGGACGGGUUUCACGAUGGCCGCGGUCCGAUGAACCCACGCAGCCAGUCGAUGCCGCGGCAGUCCCGGUACGGUGACCGUCUGAUGCCGGACCGGUUGCCCUACUACAACGAGGACAACGAGAUGAUGGAGAUGAACGCGGCGGCGCGGAAACCCUCGCACCCGUCCACGGGCCGGCGCCGGGAGAGGCCGGUGCCAGCACCAUCGCCACGCAUAAUGUCGCCGAUGGGAUUUGCGGUCCACCGACAGGCGCGUCAUCUCCAGAACGUGAUCGACGACAGCUCGCUCUACGAUGACGAGUGGGACAGCGGGGACCUGCCCCCGUCUUCCGUGGUCCGACCCGUGCCGAUCUGGCUGUGCGUCUUCCUCGUCGUCAGCUACAUCAUUGCCGGUGCGUUCAUGUUCUCCAAGUGGGAGGAAUGGUCCUUCCUCGACUCGGCCUAUUUCUGUUUCAUCACGCUAACCACCAUCGGUUUCGGCGAUUUCGUUCCAGCGCAGGGAGUGAAAAACGAUUCGGAAAUUUCCAUCGCAUUGUGCUCGCUGUACUUACUGUUCGGGAUCGCGCUGCUGGCGAUGAGCUUCAAUCUGGUGCAGGAGGAAGUCAUAUCCAACGUGAAAAGCGUCGCCCGAAGGCUCGGCAUUCUGAAGGAGGAGGAGAUGGACGAUUGAGGGAGGGAAGGGAAGGUGGUGACGACACAUGCAGAUAGUGUGGAAAAGUUCUCCGUUUUUGAAAGCAUUUGUGUAUCGAAUUUUCGUUUUUUUUUUUGUCGUUUUCUUUAUCAAUUUUUCUGCUUUAUGAUAGUUGGUAUUAGUUUUGGCGUUUAGGUGACAAAAAAUAAAUAUAUUGCUGAAUCGAUUUGAAAACCAAAUUGAACCUCGUU